GUCUAACCGCCAAAGAAGUCGCUCUCUACCGACUGCUACAAGAUGACCACAGCAGCCGGUCAUUUCUUAUUAUUCCUGUCGUUACAGCAACUUUGUGCUACAGCCUCUGCAGCCGGUCUCGUCGCGCCUAAGGUUGGAAGUUUCGCUUUCCCGCCUGAUGUGGCACUGGGCGACGAAAUCGUGGAAACAUGCGUGGUCAAAAAAGGCAGCGUGGGACCGUACCGCAUAAGUCUACUGAAAGACGGCAAGCUGAUCGAAAGCAGCGACCGUGUGUCGGUAUCCAGUGCAUCCAAGAGCAGCGUGACACUGCGCAUCGGCAGCAUGAAACCAGAGGACGUCGGCAACUACACGUGCUCUGCCAGCAACCAGUACGGCAGCGACAGCGUGACUGCGACCUUAGUCGUCAACGCUGCUCCAGUCUGGUCUGCGGAACCGAGUGACGCCGAAGCUAUUCAAGGGAAGAACCUGUACCUGCCAUGCGGAGCCGUGGGAUACCCGAAGCCCAGCGUGGUCUGGAAGAUACAACUCGGCAACCGCGAAUUCGUGCCUCUUCACCCGGCGGGUCGGCAGCGCAUCCUCGAGAACGGCACGCUCGUGGUGGCGGCCGUAGAGACGCAGGAUGCCGGCGUGUACCGAUGCGAAGUCAGCAACGGCAUCGAGCCGUCACUCGGGAAGACAGUCACCGUCUCCGUGCACGUGCCUCCCGCCAUCGCCAAGGGCUCCACCGAGGUGUCCGUGAAGCGCGGAGACAUUGCCAAGAUUGCCUGCGACGUCACCGGCGAGCUCCCGCUGGUGGUCACCUGGGAGAAGGACGACAGCCCGCUCAUACCUUCCACCGAGAGGUACGAGACUCACGAAGAAGUGACGCCGACUGGCGUCCAGUCCGUGCUGGUGAUCCACAACACCGUGAAGAAGGACGCCUCGCAGUACGUCUGCAUUGCCAAGAACGACUACGGAAAGACCAGGGACGUCUUCAGGCUCGCCGUCCUCGAGCCACCGGAGAGCCCCACCAACGUGGCCGUAACCGAGCGCGGUAGCCGCCACGUGCAGAUGAAGUGGUCGCAGUCGAGCAAGUCGGUGACCCGCUACCUGGUGCGCUACUGGAAGAAGUCGGGUAAGGGCAGCGUUCUUCAGGAACGCGAAGUGGACGGACUGCGUCCCAGCCUGACCGUGACCAAGCUCCAUCCGGGCACCGAGUACACGGCCGUGGUGCUGGCGGAGAACUCGGUCGGAUUCGGCGAGCCCUCGGACCCUGUGCACUUCACCACGACCUCCGAAGAACCUGGCGCGCCUCCAAUGAACGUGAAGUGCGAGGCGCUUGACACCAAGACGAUCAAGGUCAUCUGGGAGGCGCCGCCAGCGGACAAGCUGAACGGCGAGCUCCGUGGCUACUCCGUCAGCUACCGGCUGGAAGGAACGCCCUUCAGCCACGAGACAGUCAACAGGAACGCCAAGCAGAAGGUGUUCACUGGCCUGCAGGCCGCCUCCGUCUACACCUUCUCCGUGAAGGCCUUCAACGACGUUGACUCGGGACCGGCCUCCGAGGAAGUCUCCUGCACUACGCUUAACGGAGACCCACCGGCGGUACCGAGCCUGCGAGUGACCGGCAUCACUUCGUCCUCCGUCAGCCUCAACUGGAACACCCUGCAGAGCCCGGCAUCGCCUGUCAUCCAGUACCUGGUGCAGUACGGUACGGACGAAGAGGACAAGGCGGACCUGCACAUUCCGGGCAACAAGGACACCGUGACGCUGAGGGACCUUCGGGCCGGAACACGCUACAACUUCCGGCUGGCCGCAUACAACAUGUACGGCCGAGGGGACUUUUCGCACAACCUGCCCGCCGUCACACACCUCUCGGACGGCCGGUCGCUGCAGGUGACGACCGAGAGUGAAGUUCCCUUCUACUACCGCACCUACUUCGUGGUGCCCGUGGCUGCAUCCUUCACCGUCAUCAUCACGGCCGUGGUCAUCGCGUGGGCGUGCCUCAAGAGGGCCACCAUCAUACAGAAGAACGCAUACCUGCAAGUAUACGGUUCCUCCGAAUACUACGGCGACUGUAAGCUACCCCCAGGCACCCCGCUGGUGAGCCAGUACGCCCGCGGUUCGUACGCGCCCACCAUGGAGCACGGCCGGAACAGCCAGAACACGGAGGAGGCCUACGACAUCCCCUGGGACGGGCCACCCACACGCACCGGAAUGAUCAACGACGGCAUCGGCAGUUACGCUAGGCUCAAGACGCAGGGAAAGCGCAAUAUCGUGUAGACAACUACCGGAACAACAGCCACGGGCAGCUAUGGAAGCACGGCUGCGCACGCAAAGCCCGGCUUCCCUGCAGCACAUCGCCGAGUCCAGCGACCACAACGAGUGUUUAUCUUUUGCGCAUGGGUCGCGUACACGCUCUGUCAAAAAGUACGCUGGCUACUCUGCGUGCGACCGCCAAGCUGAGUGCAGGUUAUUUAAAAGAAGUCGCAUGUCACGAAUUUCAGCCGCCAUGCAGAUUGAGAAACUUGCACACUCAUUAUCGCUACAUGCCUCCGUAGGAGUUAGCAUCAGAUUUGUUCCAUCACGUAACAUGGCGAAGCCACAGAGCAGCCCGCAUAGUUCUGACAAGAGCCUGUACGCAUUGUAUGUGGAAGUACCUGGAUUGUGGGUCCAGCACUGUCUUUUUUUGUUUUUUUUUCUUCCUACGCAUUUGUUUCUUUCUCAUCAUCAACCGUAGGUAUGCUCUAUCUGUAAGAUAUCGCAUGAACGGGUCACCGGCCUCAAACUGUAGCGUCUUCCCGAAAUUGUGUCGGGAAGCAGACGGCUCGGCCCUGUGUUAUCGCACGUUUUGUUCUGGUCAGCGAUGUAUCCCUUUACUUAGCCAUAAUAGUAUUCAGAAUUGUGUGAUAUCUUUCACACGCAAUCCAGGCCCGCCAUGUACUUCGAAAAUUUUUUUCAUUCGUGUUCAUUCGGAUCUCCAGGAUACCAAGGUAAGUAUUUCGAGCAUGCCCUGAGAAUAAGGGGCCCCAGUCGCGUUAUACGGCAAAAGCGUUCGAUGGAAUGCGCGAUUGUAACGUAGUCUCCGAGAACCACGACGCUUGCUGGGGAUCUCGGAGGCAGGGACACCCGCUUAGCGAUUCGUAAGGAGGUGUGCGAGAUAGCGUCACCUGGUGCUGUUUUGUGACGUGCUGUCAUAACUGCUUCUAGAAGGAUGUUCCGCAAAGACGGGUUGGAAUCUGGAGGCUUUUGUCGGGCAGCGCUUCUUGUCACCUGUCACAAUCUCGCGUUCCAUCGACUCGCUUCAGCCACAAAUAUUGUAUAAGUUCAGUGAAUUAGCACUUUUUGGACAUUUAAUAUUUAUGGUCAUCACUCUAUCCGAUAACGUAGCUGGUCUGCGUUCGGUAGUCGUGAAUGCUACCUUGUUUUCAGAGGUCAACCGGAGAUGUGUCUGUCUUAGGCCUAACUUCACCUAGUCUUAGGCCUAAGCUUAGACAAAAGUCAAGCCGGGGCUCUGCUGUGGCCCUCAGAUUUCACGAGCGUGUUUCCCGUGUCAGGAGUGCAGCGGAACUGAGCGAGCCGUGUUGCAACGGCGUGUGUGUGU